AUGCAGCACAGCCUACUUCCCCUCCUCGCCGUUGCCGGUGGCGCCGCGGCCUUCCCGGCAAAGCCGCAGGCUCGGGCGGCAGCAGCGGGUGUCCAGUUCGCGGGCGUCAACAUCGCCGGAUUCGACUUUGGGUGCUCCACUACGGGUGCCUGUGAUCUGACCAAGGUCGUGCCGCCUUUGUCGAGCCUCGGCGGUCCUGAUGGAGCCGGCCAGAUGCAGCACUUCACCCAGGACGAUGGCCUGAAUAUCUUCCGCCUGCCGGUGGGCUGGCAGUACCUGGUGAACAACAACCUCGGCGGCACCCUGGACUCGGGGAACUUCGGGCGCUACGAUCAGCUGGUCCAGGCUUGCUUGGCCACGGGCGCAUACUGCAUGCUCGACGUGAAUGCGCGCUGGAACGGGCAGAUCAUUGGACAGGGCGGUCCGCAAAAUGACCAGUUCACUAGUCUGUGGACGCAGCUCGCGACGAAAUAUGCGAACCAGACCAAGGUCAUCUUUGGCGUUAUGAACGAGCCCCACGACGUCCCCGACAUCGGCACGUGGGCGGACACGGUCCAGGCGGUCGUCACCGCAAUCCGGGCUGUUGCCAAGACCCAGAUGAUCGCCCUGCCUGGCAAUGACUGGACAUCGGCGCAGGCGAUGCCGACCAAGUCGGGCCCGGCCCUGCUCAAGGUCAAGAACCCGGAUGGAACGACCGACGGGCUCAUCAUCGACGUGCACAAAUAUCUCGACUCGGACAACUCGGGAACACACACCGAGUGCGUGACGGACAACGUCAGCGACACCUUCCAGCCCCUGGCCACGUGGCUCAAGACCAACAACCGCACGGCCAUCCUCAGCGAGACGGGCGGCGGCAACACCGACUCGUGCAAGAAGUACUUCUGCCAGCAGCUGGAUUUUCUGAACCAAAACUCGGACGUCUUCCUCGGCUACAUCGGCUGGGCGGCCGGCUCCUUCGACCCAACCACGUACGAGCUCAGCGAGGUGCCGACCAAGAACGGCAACACCUGGACCGACAGCGCGCUGGUGCAGGCCUGCCUCAAGAGGACAUAA